CAGCUGCAGCUAUAAACAUCUCCACUUCCUGGAAACUCUCCUCCGGUAUGUUAUGUCACCAGCAGAGUCAUUCCCUGUGCAAAGUACAGAAGACGUGAUCAGGGUCACAGCCAUUGCUGCUGCUGCUUCUCUGCAGGAUCCCAGGCACCAAGAUUCCAGGAUGGAUUAUAAGAAGAUAUCGGAUGAGAUUUCCCAGAAGAUUUUAUCCUAUCAUGAGGAUACCUCGGGCUGGAAAGUGGCCAAAUCCCCCAAAGACGUCAUUGUUUCAUGGAAACCAUCCAAAGAAUAUUCAGGAAAUAUAUACCGCGGAGAAGGGAUAAUCGAAGAGGUGCCAGAGAAAGUCAUUACAUUUAUGUACAUUGAUGAACACAGGAGGAAGUGGGACAAAGCCUUAAAACAUUACUCCAUCGUAGAGCACAUUGACCAGGACACUGUGAUCUCUCGCUCCAUCACACACACUUAUGGGAUGGGGCUUAUUUCAUCCAGAGAGUUUGUGGAUCUAAUACACAUUAGAAGGUAUGACGGAGGAGUUGUCACUACUAACACUAUAAGUAUUGAUUAUGAAAAAUGCCCAGUGAAUUCCUCAAACGUUCGAGGCUUCAAUAACCCAUGUGGAUAUAUAUGUUCACCGCUGCCUGAGAACCCGGCACAUUCCAAGCUUGUGGCCUACAUCCAGCCGGAACUUGGUGGUCUUCUUCCGCGAUCUGUGGUAGAGUCGGCAUUACCCAGCAACGUUGUAGGCCUCAUCAUAAAUGUACAGGAAGGAAUUAAAAAAUGUUUCCAAAACGGAAACUGAAUUAUUUAUAAAUGUAAUGAUGGCUCACAGCAUCCUGGGAGGACCAUGAAGACACGUCACUAAAUUGUAAGCUACCAGAAAGACUAAUGAAAUUAUAAAUGGACGCUACGCUGUGCCAAGACGUCUGACAAAAUACUGAUGUGCUACCAAAUUACCCACUGAUUGGGACCGUCCACCCAAAUACCAUAUCUUAGUCCUGGAGUACUGAACUCCAGCAGCUAUAAAGACACAAAUUACGCA